GCCGGCAGUGCGCCCCGACACGACCCGUGCGCGCUGCCCCCUCGGGGCGGGCCGCUGCCCGGGCGGCGCGUUGCCGCGGUUGCCGGUGACGCCGGGGGCGGCCCCGCAGCGGCCAUGGCGGGCCAUGCAGUCACCUCGGUGCUGGCCGAGCUCUGCUGGGCCCAGGGCUACGCCGUUCCCGUGGCCAACGCGGCGAACGUGGCUCUGGAGGACAGACUGCAGAAGAUGCACAAAGAAAAAGCAUACCUGCAGGAUAAGCUGGCCGACUUUGAAGAGUGCGUAAAAGCAGUGACAUCUCACUUGAAAAAUGUCAGGCAAGAGAUCAGCUUCACACAGUCUCUUUACAGAGCCAGAGAGAAUGAAACUGAAACUGAACACCACUUUAAAGCCCUUGCUGAGAGAGAACAUGGACAUCUGAAACAUGACUUUAAGCAACUGGAAGAUGAGAUCGUUUCCUUAAGAGAAAAGAAAAACAGUCAAGAAAAUACUAUAAAUAAAACCACUAAGAAGCUGGAAAACUUAAAGCAGCAGAUGAACUGUAAUAAGGAAGUUCUGGAGAGCUGCAUAAAGAAAUCAAAUAGUAAAGAUGAUGAUACUAUCACAAUCCAGAAGUAUGCACUACAAGAUGAAGGGAAAAUAAGAGCAUUAACCCUUCAAGUAGACAAGUUGACCAUGCAUGCAAAUCAGAAGCGCAGAGAUCUUGAUAACGAGCUUACAGAAACUAUCAUUGCUCAGAUAGAGCUUGACAAGACACCUGAAGAUUUUCGCAGAGUUCAUCAGGAAAGGCAAGAAGUCAUCAGGCAGUGGGAGAAUACAAUACAACAGAUGCAGAAAAGAGAUCAACAGAUUGAUCACUGUGCUUUGCUAAUAACAGAGAUAAAACAGGAGAUGAGAAAGAAAGAAAUGGUGCUGGAAGAGAAGACUUCCUUUUUGGUUAAUGAAACUCUUAAUAAUAUGGAAUACGAAAAGAAAGCUUCUUUGGCUGAACGAGAAGCUACCAGCCUCCGAAAUGAACAUCGAAGUCAGGAUACCUCCGGAGUUCAGCUGCAGGAUGAGCUGGAUACUUUAAAAUCAACUGUGGACAGAAUUGCCACUGAUGUAGAGUCUCUGAGACUGCAAGGAACCAAUCUGAAGAAAGAAAUACAGAAAAAACAAACCAGAUUAAGCUUUCUUAAUGAAAAAAAUGCAAGUCUUUCUAAUAAGGUGAAGCUUGUGACUGAGGAGACUCUCAGUUCAGAUGACAAAGCUUUGAGGAUGGAAGAAAUACUAAAAGAAGAAGAAAAAAUUGUCCAGGAAAAAGAAACAGAAACAAGCCAGCUAAAAGAACUUCUUUUCAAGAAGACUCAAGAUUUAACAGUGCAGCAGGACAAGGAGAAGUGUGUUCUAGCAGAAUUUGAGGGAUGCCCAUUAUCACUUAAAAAUCUCAAGAGUCAACUGAACAGACUGGAUACAGAUGCGUUAAAACAACUAGAUUUAAUGUAUAAUCAGGAUUUUUAUAUUCAGCAAGUACAGAGAAGGCUGUCACGGUUAGAAGGAGAGGUUAAUGCAGACGAAAAACAAGUUUUGGAAGCAAAAUUUGCUGAACUUAAGAAAACACUAGAAGAAAAUAAAAACACAUAUGAUGUUUUACAUGCACAGUACAAGAAACUUCAGAGUGAUGUCCAUUUCAUCAAGAGAACAAUGGAUAAAACUGGAGAAGAAAAAAGUGAUGUGACAAUCAAGAUAAACGAACUAAAUAUUUUGAAUGAGAAAUCAGAUCAGGAGUUAAAAAGAGCUAAAGUCAUUAAGCAGGAGAUGAUGGUUGAAGAUAAUCUCUUAAAACUACAAUUGAACCGUCUUCGAGAUACUCUGUGUACCAACACAGAGGAAGUUCUAACACUGGAAAAACAAAAACUGGAGUUAGAGAAAGCCAUAGCAGAAAGAACUGAGGAAAUUAAGAUUCAUAAGGACGUGCUGGAUUCCCAGAUAAGACUUGUGGAUCAGGGGCGGCAACGCUUAAGUAUUGAAAUUCAAGAACGCCUAAGUAAGAUUGAUAAUCUGGCAUACAAAUAUGAAAUUCUUACCAUUGCCACGAUGCCACCUGAAGGAGAAGAGGAGAAAACUCUCACCUACUAUGUAAUUAAGGCUGUACAGGAAAAGGAAGAACUUCAUCGUGAAGGUGAUGAUUUAGAUGCAAAGAUCUGCAAAGCUGAAAAAGAAACGGUAGCUCUGAAAAACACUGUCUAUGUACUUAAUAACUGCAUCAAGAAUUACCGAAACUCUUUCAAGCAAGUCACUGAGACAAGUGAGGAGUAUGAGGAAAAACUGAAACUAGAGGAAGAGAAAAGGGCUGCUGAUCAACAAUACAGACACAAACGAAGACAGAUCAAGGAACUUCAGGAAAAUUUCCAGAGCAUGGAAAAUAACUUUGAUAUAGUCCUGAAGCAGGGGGCCCUCUUCCAGGACCAAAAGAAGGAAAAACAAGCUCUUAACUUGCCGCUGAAGAAAGACAUAGAAGAACAGAAACCCAAACUAGAAAGGGUUAUAACCCAGUGUUCCAGACUAUCCAGAGAAAUUCAGUCUCUGAAGAAAACUAGCACAGAAACACAGGAAGAAGGAGACACUGAUCUUCAUGAUUUGAGAAGCAUCAACAGGACCACUGGCAAAUUGUUAGCUGAUGUUCUAGAAGCAAAUCCCGAUUUAAAUACACCCUUUCAAAUGUACUUUCACCAGUCCAAUUUAGAGCUUCCUACGACUACUUCUGCUGCUGGUAGUCAAAGUUCUCGAUCACCAUCCACACAAAGCUCACUAGCUUCUAUCAGGUCCUCCAGAAGUUCUGGCUCCAGUCAGUUAUCACUCAAAGUUAUAGAUCUGAGCUUGCCUAUCAACAGUUCUGAAGAAGCAGCUGCCGCUGGUUCACCGCCAUCCAGCAGAGCUAGCAACUCUGAUAUUUAUAAACACAAAAAAAAGUCUUAAGUAGUCUUUUGAAGGCCAUAGUAAAGGCUUCACACUAGUUAGACUAAUCAAUUAAGAAGCCUUAACUUAUUUAUCAAGGUCUAGAGGCAAUUUCGGCAUUAAUUUCUAUCAGCAAUGUAUGUUUUAACUUUCUUCUGAAGUAUGCAGUACAUUAUCUAGGAGGAAUGCUAGAGCAUGUUUUACAUAAUAAAAUAAAUUACCCUUUAAAUACUUUCUCAUUUUACUGCUGGAGAACUAAGCCCUUAAUUCACUUUUCUUAUAAUGAAAAGGAGAGUUAUCUUGAAGUCAUUAAUUUUAAUAAACUGAUAUCUCAUUGCUGUCAAAAGUUUUAGAUUACAUUGCAACAACCCAGGCAAGACAAUGUACGCUUCGUUUCAAGAUCUACCUUGACUAUCAAUCAGUCAUCUCAGAUCGUAUCCUGAUUGAAAGAUGACAGUAUAUGAUUAAAGUCUGUAAAACUGUACUACUUCUGUUAAAAAAGACACAGUACCUUGUUUAGCAGCUGACCUAUAUCUACAGAAGUAAUUGGAAAACUUGCAGCCAAAAUGCUAUGGUACCAUCUACCAGAUAUUAGCUCCUUAGUGUGUUCUACCAACCAUCUUUGGAGAACUUGCUAAAUAAAGCAUUACUUAUUCCACAGCAAUGCAACCACUGCCUUCAAGCUGCUGUAAAGCAAAUACCUAACAAGAAAAACCCCAAACAAAACCCAAAAGGUCCAGACUUGAACUUACCUAAACAAUGAACAGUGUUUCAAAGCUCUUCUCUUCUACUUCAGAUGUGGUUUGUUGGUUUUGGUUCAUUGUUUGUUUUGGGGUUUUUUUGGGUUUUGUUCUUUUUUUACAUUAC